AUGGAUGAGGUAUUUAAGGGUAAUCGACCUAAUACCCACUUUAGUAAAAAGGGUUGGACAAAUAUUAUAGCAACAUUUGAAAAGAAAACUGGAAAGGAAUAUCCUAGGGCGAAGUAUAAGCAUAAAUGGGAUAGUUUGAAGAAAGAUUGGGUUCUUUGGAAUAAGUUGAAGGGAAGUGAAACUGGAUUGGGAUGGGACGCAGCCAAAGGAACAAUAGCUGCAACUGAUGAGUGGUGGGAGAAGAAACUAAUGGACAUUGCGGCCACAGGAGAUUUAGCAUGGGCCCACACUUCAAGUGUGUUACCUGAUGAUCUUGAGACACCUAAGGAGGGAUUAGGUGAUACUUCUGCUAAGUCAUUUUCUCCAAAUGAUGAUGAUGACGUUCAUGAAGAUGAGACUCCUAACAUCACACAACCACCUAACCCAACACAAAAGAAAGGAAAGAAGCGAGUUUUAUCAUCAUCCACACAGAGUAAAGGGAAGAAAGGAGGAACGACAUUACAGUUGACAUAA